GUCCGCCCUGGCCAGGAUGGAUGUAAAGUAGUCCGGGUCGUGCGGGCGGAGCGUUCCGCGGGGCGGCCCGGGCGGCGCGGAGGGAAGCAGGGACGGAGACGUGAGCCGCCCCGGCGGCGGCAGCAGCGGCAGUAAAGCAGCGGCGCUGUCGGCGGCAAUAACAACAAGGACGAUUGUAAUAAUUUGAAUCCUAACAACAAAAACAAAACAACAACGACGACGACAAUACGAGAAUAACGAAGGCGAGGAGGGGCGGUGGCGGUGAGGGGAAACCCUCGCACCGGCCCGGUUUGGCGGCGAGCGGAUCGGGAAAGGGGGGCUCUGGUGAGGGGGGGCCCUAGGGCACGGUGGCUGUAACCCCGUGGGCAGCAGCGGCGGCGGCGGGAGCUGCUCGGUGUCUCUCUCGCCGAGUGUGUCCGUGACGGUGUCUCUUCUGCUGCUGCUGCUCGUCUUCACGGUGGGGGGACACGGGCCGAGAGAGCGCCGCCGCGAACCUGGGCUCGGGCAGCUGGAGGGGACGCGGCGGCGGCGGCGGCGGCGUGUGAUGGAGUGAGGGCGGCGCGGAGCUCAGCAUGGCUUCGUGCUCAAGUGUUGACAAAAAGGACCGAGCAGCCCUUCGCAGGAGAGAGUGGGAGCGUCGCAAUCAAGAAACCUUGCAGGAGGACGAGGCCCUGACGGGCUCGGAGCACCUCUUCAAGGAGCCAUACAAGACGAACAGGGGGGAUGAGCUUUCGAGUCGUAUUCAGAGCACACUUGGCAGCUACGACGAAAUGAAAGACAUCCUGAGCAACAGGUCAACCCAGAGCCGAUUUGUUGGCAUCCCAGCAAUGUCUGUCCCCCAGACACCAAGUGAGAAAACCGAGCAGAGCUUUUUUCCCGACCAGAGAACGGCUGUGAUGCAGCCAUACCAAGGGAGCAGCGGCACUGGCCGAUCGUCGGGUCCCUCGUCCGCCUCCGCUAGUUCGGCCUCGGCCUCGGGCUCCGGUUCCAGCGCGGCCACGGGGUACGGCGGACCGUCGUUCAACCUGCCGAGCGGAAGCGGCAGCAAAAAGCCCGGGGCAGAGCGGUCGCGAGGAAGCGGCGGCGGCGGCGGUGGCGGACACAGCAGCUCCAGCAAGAACCGCCACUCGUCGUCUCACAGCUACAGCCACGGGGAUCUCCGGCGCGGGGAGCACGGUGGCGGUGUGGACGCUCGCUCCAAGCAGCAGUCGAUAAGCCCGGCGCCGACCGCGUCGUCCUCGCACUCGGGCCGCCACUCCUACUCGCGGGGCAGCGCGACCGGCGGUGAACACCACGGCAACGCGCGGGCGUCCGCAACAACUUCGUCGGCUGCCGCUGAGCAGCACCACGGGCGCGACCGGCACCGCUCCAAGUCUCCACGAGAGCCGCCCGAAUUCUCUUCAAAUUCGCCGGGGCCGAGCUCUUCUUCGUCUGCAUCUGCGGCGGCGGCGGCGGCAUCGUCCUCGCAGAUGUCCAGCCAGGCCUUCCCUUCAUCGCUGCCUGUCUCGAGCAAGCAGUCGUCGCUGCAGCAGAAGCCCACGGCGUACGUGCGGCCGAUGGAUGGGCAGGACCAGCAGCUGUCGAGCGACUGCUCCGAGCUGCCCUCAUCAUCGGGCCCUGCGGCCGUGACGGGAGACGUGGUCUACUCCUCGGGGCCGUCUGCUUACGGCGGUGCCGUGCCGGACCCCAAAGGAUCGGCUGCGGCCGCCAAGGCCAAACUAACAAAAAUAACAAUCCCGCCCCAGCCCUUGGAGGCUGGCAACACCAAUGAUGGCAACUGCGUGGAGGAGAUUCUGAGGGAAAUGGCCUAUCCCUGGCCCUCCCCUCUGACAGCUAUACAGACCCCAGUCACCGCAAAACCAUCCAAGUUCCCUUUUCCUGGAAAGGACUCCCAGCAUGUGAACACGUCAUUUCCAGGAACAAAGCGCGGUGAUGCCUCUUCAAAGAGCGCCACAAACACCUUGGCGGAUAAUUCGAUGCUGGAAGAUGACCUGAAAUUGAGCAGUGACGAGAGCGAUGUUGAACUGUUUGCGGAUAAGUCUGUCCUGAACAAGGCCAUAAUUCCUGUCAGCGUGCCGGUGGCAGAGAGCGGGGAUGCCCCUCGCUCCAGCGCUGAGUCGGGCUCCUCCAGCGAGUCGGAGAGCAGUUCUGAGUCGGACUCGGAGAGCGAGACGAGCUCCAGCGACAGCGAGGCCCAAAGCCAGUCCGUCAAUGCCGCCUCUCCCCAGCCCGAGCCACCGCCCACCAACAAGUGGAAGCUGGAUAACUGGCUGCCCAAGGUGAACCUGAACACCAACAAGUCGACAACUCCGCAGGCUGACACGGGAAACGCAAAGGUGCAAGGGCACGAGUACCCGCGCGGCGGUGAUAGUGGCGGUAGCGCUGGCGGCAGCGGUGUUGGUGGAGGUGGCGGCGGCGGCGGCGGCGGCGGUGGUGGUGGAAGCGGCGGGGCCCAGGACAAGGAACGGCCGAGUGCCGCCGCCAAUCAGGCCGAGGCCAAGGAGAAGCUGCGGAGCCCCGCGCGAGAGCGGGGCAAGGGUCGUAGCGGGCAGCGGCAUGCGGACAGCAAGAGCGGCGGUGGGCGGCAGAAGUCGCCGGCGCAGCCAGACGUUUCGUCUCAGCGUCGCAGCAUCGGCCGCAAGCAACCCAAAAAGCUGGAGAAGCCGGCGCCGAGCCCCGAAGAGCCGGACUAUGGGUACGAGCCCCCGAAGGAAUCGCCCACGGUGGUGGAGAGUAGUGGCGGCGGUGGAGGCAGCAACGUGGCUGCAGUGCGGCGUAGCGUCGGCAGGAAGCAGCCCAAGCGGACCGAGAAGCCGUUGAGCCCAGAGGAUCCUGACUGGACCAAGCCGGAGUACGCGUUUGGUGUCCACAAGUCACCGGCCCAACCUGAAGUCUCAGUGCAGCAGCAGCAGCAGCCACAACGCAGGAGUGUUGGCCGCAAGCAGCCACGCAGGAUAGAGAAGCCAGCUAGCCCUGAUGUGGAAAACUGUCCCAAGUCAGAGUUCACAGUAGCACAAGAGAGUUCACAGACGCACAAGGCAGGUACGGGCGCUCUGUCGGGCACCAACCACGAGCAGCCAAAGAGCAAGCCCAAAGGCGGCACCGGCCGGAAGCCUGCCGUGAAGAAGGAGACGCAGCCGGCACCACAGUGCACGGCCGAGGCCAAGAAGCAGCGUGUGCCAGGCAAGUCGAUGCGCAAGGGCCGCGAGAAGGUGUACUCGGACACCUCCUCAUCCUCAUCGUCACCUUCGUCCGACUCUGAAUCGGAGCCGGACGAGAGCCCGGCGGGCAAAGCGGACUCGCCGGCCCCGUCCGGCGCCGCCAAGUCGUCCGGCUCGGACGCGCCCUGCGACUCGCCGCAGCACUCCGACGAGGGCGCUCCCGGCUCGGCGCCGCCCGCGCCGCCCGCGCCGCAGCCGCAGCAGCUGAACCGCAAGGAGCAAAUACUGUCGCCGCUGCACGUGGCGGGCGGUGAGCUGCUGUCGCCCAUCCACGACUACGACGAGGUGCGAUCGCUCGUGGUGAAGAUCGACCUGAGCCUUCUUGCCCGCGUGCCGGGCCGCGGCGAGACUCGGGGCGGCGGAGGCCAGGGACAGCAGCAGCAGCAGCAGCAGCCACCGUCGGUGUCCGAGAGGGCGGGCUCUCACCGGCAGCAGAGCACAUCCAGAGAAAGAUCACCACCGCCUCCAACCACAGCGUUAGGAGAGAAAUCCAAACGCAAGCGGCAGGGCGACAGCGAGGACAUUCACAGCGAGAGGAAGAGGGGAAAGGUGGAGAAGGACGCAACGCCACACUGUGCACACAAGGCGGCCGCAACCAAAGACGAUCGCAAAAAGAUCAAGGUCAAGACAGAGACCCCAUCUCAUUCCAGCUACAAGCCCCCUGUCAACAAGGAGUCGGGCAAGCACACGGUGGAUAAUAAGAAGAAGGUCGCCCCGCCAGCGUCGCCGCUCUCCAAAUCGACGGCUGCGUCUGAGCGCAAGCGGCGCAACAGCGAGAGCAGCACGUCGAGCCGCGUGUCGACCGUGAGUGAGGCCGGCAAGUCGAGCAAGAAAGGGAAUCCAGCCGGAGGCGCCGCUGCCUCCCAGUCCUCGGGCAAACACCGCAAACUGGAUGGCAAGACGGCAGGCAGCGCCAAAAUGGCAAACCGGGAGGACAGUGUGGCGGACGACAGACAGGUGUCCGAGGCCCUCUUCACCAAGCCUGGUCUGUGCGCCGUCUCUCCCACCCUACUGAGGCCCCGCCUUGUGUUCGACGACAAACCCCAGUCCGUGGAUUUCCACAUGCAAGAGGCCAAGAAGCUGAAACACAUGGCAGAUGGCAUGUCGGACAAGCUGGGAAAGGCGAUCAACUACACGGACGCAGGCCUCUCCUUCAUCGAGUGCGGCAAUGCCAUGGAGCAGAACCCUCUUGAAGCCAAGUCCCCGUACACCAUGUACUCGGAGACCACCGACCUCGUCAAGUACGCCAUGAAGUUGAAAAGCCACUCUGCUCCAGAUUCGACCCCGGCCGACAAAAAGCUUGGGGUGUUCAGCCUCCGCUGCUUGGCUCUGCUCUACCUGAGGAUGUUCAAGCUGAAAAAGGACAGCGCUAUGAAAUAUUCCAAGUCUCUCCUGGAGCAUUUCAAGAAUGCCUCAAAGAUGUCGCAGACACCACCUUGGACUGGAAGGGGCAACGGCACGCCGUCUCCCAUGUCUCCCACGCCUUCGCCGGCGGGCUCGGUGGGCUCGCAGGGAAGUGCCAACACGGCAGCGCCCUCCUCGUCACCCGUGGCCACGGUCACCAUCCCGCAGCGCAUCCACCAGAUGGCGGCGAGCCACGUGAACAUCACCAACCACUUCCUGUACGGCUACGACCACUGGGAGCAGGCCGAGCUGCUGGCCAAGGAGAACCACGAGUUCUUCCGUGACCUGGACCAGCUGAUGGGGGCACUGACUCUAAACAGCAGCAUGACGGAGCUGGUGCGCUACACUCGCCAAGGACUCCACUGGCUUCGCUUUGAGGGGCAACUGCUGUGAUGUGCAGUGAACAGAGGAGGGAAAGGGGGAGAGCCAGAGACUGCCACGACGGAAUGCGACGAAGCUUUACCGGCUUUAAUUCCGGCCACCACCUGAGCCUUUCACGACCGCCACAAGACAGGUCAUGCAGACAGUCCCGCAUCGAUUGACAAUUUUUAUGGUCUGUGACCGUUUGGGGAAGGUUCAGCCUCUCGGGGAGUUGAGAUCAAGCUUCUUCAGUGGCAUGCUUCUGAAUGACAUCGUGCUGCAAACGGUUUCUUUUUUUAAGACGGCAAGCAGCCCCCCCCCUCCCAACCUUCUGGCUGAAUUUUUUGACAGCACAUCACCACAAGGGCGAUCAGUUGCCUUUGAGUAAACUUUGUGAUGGUUUGGAGAACGCAAAACGCCGGGCCUGCGAGGGAACCAGCCGUCCUCUUAACUUGCCUGUUGGUCGAAGAGCAAGCCCCCCCCUCGGCUGCGCGUACGGCAGUGCAAACUCAUAUUUUGUAAUUAAUUUAACGUAUUUAUUCAUGUACGUCUAUAGUUUGAUGCACAGCUCACAAUUACUGUGCACGUGAACUGCCAUGACUGUCUGCUUCUCUUGUAAGUUGAUUAUAGAAUGUUAGGUUUUUUUGGGGUCAAUGACGAGAAUUUGCUGUCAUUUGAAAGGCGAACGUGACUUGUUUUUGCUAAUCUUUCAAAGGUUGCAUUUCUUGCUCUAAUUGAUUACCUAUUUGUCCUCCCUCUCCCCCCUUUAAUCGUGAGUAAUAUAUUAAUCAGACAUGCCUAAAACUUCCACUUAAAAGCAUUAUGGGGAAAACACUUUAAACUUUGGCGGUCAAUGCAUUAUUGUGAGUCAUUUUAUACACAAUUCCAAACAUUAUAAAGUCUUGGCUAACAUUUAUCAUACGUUUUUUCAUUAUUCUCUCGCAGAUAAAUGUUGUUUGUGCGGACUGGUGUUAUUUUCACAAAUGUUCCAAUGUUACACCGUUAUAUGCCGAGUCCUUCCAGUUGGUACUAUUUGGAAUUUAAUGAAAAAAAUAACAUUUAACCAACUAUUACAAACUUUAUAAAUUAUUUGUCAAGGAAAUCCAAGGUCCCCAUUAUUAUAUUUUCAUGUUUUUUUCCCCAUCGCACAUUGUUUGGCGUAUAAGCAUCCAUUUGAUCAGUUAGUGUUCGAUAUCAUUUAUAGGGUUUCUUUGUUAGAGGUUUAAUAGUUCAAGGUUGGAAGGCACAGAAGCUGUUGACAAUAAUUUGCUGUCGAUUAAUUCUUGCGUAAAACACCACAGGAAUUAAUUAUUGGUAGUAUGUUUUAUAAUUCGCGGGCCCCUUAAUCUAAUCUGUGGUAACAUUGAAAACCGUUCAAUGUUAUGGAUCUUCCUAUAUAUUACUCUUUGGUUCUUUUGGUAAAGUCACGUAGAAAGAAAUUAAAUUAAAUAAUAGAAUACGACGUUUCCUAUGUAUUGUUCUCCAUUGUAUGCCAAAUAAGCUCUCAAAUUUUCUUGUUGUGGUUUUCACACCUGAUGAUGCUUGCUUGUGUUGCAGUCGAAACGUCGUGAGAAUUUUAUUGUUUUAUAUUUUUAUUAUUUUAUUGUUUCCCUUCUACUUGGUGACUUUACCGAAAGAACCAAGAAUAUAAUAAGCUCUCUUCAUUAUUCAAAGCUCGUCUUGAUGUUUUGCUGAAACACUAACACAAAAGCCAAAGAGAAAAGUGCAGAGAUUUUAUUUCCAGGAAUUAUAAUUGGCUUGAGUUGGUUAUUUUUGCCCACAUUUUUUCAUUUCCUGUUCCUUGUGGCAGCUUGGUGUAUAAUUGCGUUCAUUUUGAAUUGAGUCCGCCAGAACAGAUCGUCAGUUUUGUGUUUCCCAAAAUUAAUGAAAUUCCCAUCCUGUUAUACACAAAUUAUAUGUAUGUGGAUCACAUCAGUUUGAAAUUUAAAAGUGCCACAGUGAGAAGAGUGACCAAGUUGUGAUUUUAAAAAAGACCCAGCAAUAAUUGUAGUAUUGAGUGAGAGCCCAUAUGAAAGAAUGGACAUGCCUUCCCUCAUUACACAUUUGUGAUUCACUGACUGCAGCAGAGCAAGGCACCAAAUAGAAUACAGACGUGACAAAUUUACUUGCGUAUAACCGUGUUGAAUUGAGUUUUCAGUGGGUACAUUUCCCGCUUGCUAAGUGCUUGAAGGGAAGUUUGUUUGGACGGUGCCCCGUGAGACGUUGGAAGGUUAAAAAUCCUGAGUGCCCUGCCUUGUGGCUCGAAUUUUUUUCUGCAAUAAUAUCUCAAUGUUCUGUAACAGGUUCAAUAGUUUGAAUUUACUUUUACAAUAUUGGAAAAUGUGGACGUCACCUUUGGUAUUAUAGUCACUUGGGUACAGCACAAAAGGAGUGUUCUCGGUGUAAAUUUUGAUUAUGUUACUUGGAAAUGAGAAACCCGGACCCCUUUAACACGUUUUGACUGUACCUGUUCUAAUUAAAAAUUUAACAUUUUUUCCUCUCUCAAACCUGGCAAGAUGCUGAAAACAAUGCAAAGAGUUGUUUGUCGUUUACUUAAACUCUGCAGUGACUUUCCCAUUCUGAUUUUCCAAUGUUGCAAAACACUAAUCAGCAUACAUGCUCAUGUGAGUGAGUCUAGCAUUUUGUGGAUAUAGAUUGUUUUUUCCAGCUGUAAUGAUGUGGAAGGAUUAUUGCACAUUCAUUAUAAAAGCUUCACUUGAUUAAUUCUGCUGGAGAUGUAUCCAAGCUCCAACUCUGAAUACUGGUUUUGAUGCGUACUGUGUGGUGUAGCGGUCACAGAUCUGAACAUUAUUCUUGAUAACACUUCCUUGAGCUUGGUGGAAAUGUGUGGCUUGCCAAAGAUGUAUAGGACACGGUGCUCACACUUAUCCCAAGCGCUGAGAACUCUGAGAAACGUCGCUUGCAAUGUGGUGACCCAUUAGCGUGUUGCUGUCAUUCGGAAAGCUGAGCAUCCCAUCCCUUUGUCUCGCACAGCCACCAUGACCCAAUUUGCAAAUUAAGCACAUGUGGAGCGUUGCUUUGUGUGUGUGUAAUUUAUCGGGUUUAUGGCAUCACCACGGCACCAUCUCAUUUGACCAGAGUGGCGAGUGAAUCGUCACAGCGUUGUUGAUUCUGGCACGGCAAUUUUUCCCAAGCUUCUCUUGCCUCUUCAGAUCUUGACUCAUAAUUCAUUUGGAGCGUUUCCUAGCCAAUAUUAUGACAUUCAUGUUUUACUUUUUUUCAUGUCACUUGUAGAUUACUUUUAGUGUUCUUGGUUACAUCUCAGGAGUGACCAUCACUGAGUGCCCACGUGCUAAGGAUACCUACCUAACCCCUGAACCAAGGAGGCCAGCCCUGUUAAUUCAAUGACAAUAAUGUUUCAAAUGCCCAGGCCACACGAGUCACGCUACAUAAAACUGCCCAUUUGCAAACUUCGCAAAGAGCAGUGCAUGAAUUAACACCGCUCUUCUUGUUAGCCCAGAAUCACUGAUUUCCACAACUUAUUCUCAAUGUAUGUGUACAGCACCGGUACCUAGUAAUGGUCAUUACGGAGUAUUAACUAUUCGUGGGUGGAAAUUCAAUAAAAAGUAUAUACAAGUAUAAGUAUAGAUAUAACGUAUAUACACAAAUAUAUGUAUUUAAGUGUGUGUGUAUAUAUAUUUUUUAAAUGCAGUGAUAUGUUGCCUGUGCAAGCAGUACAAGUACUGUAAUUUAUUCAGCUGUCAAAUAAUGCAAGUACACACGACUGACGUGCCCCUCCACCAACCACUGAGCUUGAGCGUGUCUUACGGCGCUAGCAUGUCUCAUUGCAGUACUCCACGCUCUCCUUGUCUUAACUCUUUGCAUCUUCCCUUCUAAUGUUUGUAUUUUUUUUACCUCCGAUAAACUUAUAGGAUGAUUUUUUUAAGUGUCAUUUUUUCUUGUUGUUGCAAUUUUAUUUAGCCUACCGGUGUAAAUGUGAAAUCGUUUUUUUUUAAAACAGGCCUUUUUUUAAGAAUUUGCAAUCACGAUCAUGAACAUUGCGCGCUUUGGUUUAACACAGUGGUCUCAUGGAGCCCCAGAUUGUGCAGGGCAUGCAGAACUUUUAAGUGCAAACCAGAACCCAUAGUAUCGACUGUCUCUGGAAGAGCAAUGCUUUUUUUUACGAUGACAUUUUGAAGCGUGAAAAGGUUUCAACAUUUGCUCGCAUUAUAUCAACAGCACAAAAAUCCUCACAAAUAUAAUCGCUUUUAAAGUGCUCUUUUUACACUGAUGAAAAUGAUACGAGUGUUUAAUCUCUAACAACGUUGCAUGACUUUUUGAAACGAUAGCUCUGCACUUGCUGUGCUCCAGUCUGCCCUCUUGAGACCACCGUUUUGUUGUCAUGGAUGUGUAUGUUACAUUUAUUUCACAUAAACUGCAGUUACUUUGGCAUGCAACACUUUUGCAUCCUUUUUUACUUGGUCGGAGUGUACCGUCACUUUUUGUAUUUAACCGUGUGCGCCGUCUUUGUGUUUGUAUUAUGCCGAAGUAUUUUUGGGACCAAUGUUAGCGUCGAUCAUCGUGCGUCCAAAGUUGAACGCUGCAUGUGAAAGUGGCAAUAGUUGUAAAUAAUGUGUUCAUGCUGCCUGGCAGUGCUCAAUUAACUAAUACACCGUAGAGGCGUGAUACACUGUAAUCAUAGUGCCCAUAAUACUUCAGUCUCGGUUCUGUGAAUUCAUGUUAUUGGAUGCAUUUACAGAAUCGUUAACUGUCGUAAGAGUCCACCAAAGUAUAGAGGGAAACUAUGUACAACUAAAACGCUUGACAUCUGUUUAGACGUCUGAUAAAUUUCUGUUCAAGGUUGUUGAAAUCAACAAUUGCCCCUGUUUGCAGGUCGCUGGAGCAAACUCCAGUAAAGUGGAUCGGUGGAAAUCUUGUGACCAGUUAGUGUCUUCCUCUUCCUCUGCCAACCCGCCUGACGUGGGUGAAAGCUCAAUAAAUGUCGCCGUUAAAGGGCCUGUGACUGCACUGACGACGCAUGUAUGCAGGGUAACCCGGUUACCUUUAAAUACCAUGGAACUAAUAUUGAUCCAUGAUGUUUGGAUGCAUGUAAGUUUUGUAUGCGAUAAGCGUGUUGCUUCCAUUACGAGUUGAAUUUGAAUACCCGAGGUGGUGGUGGAGUCAUAGUUAACGUGUUUGAAUUGAGGGAACACAAUUUAGUUUGCCCCGUCUAAGUUAACAGUUUUACUGCAGUGUUACUCAUUUUAUGAGUUUGCAUUGAACACAUAAAAGUCAAGGAGUGUACAUGUUAAGUUAUUUUAUUUAACCAGGCGAAAACUUUGUUGAACCAGGUGAGACCAGCAUGGUGGUCUGGUUUGCAAGUGACCUGAGUAUACGUAUGUGCCCAACAGCUCUGCGUGUCUACUGCAUCAGCCAAGACGAGAACACGGACCGCCCUAUUGCGAUACGAAUCCUGCUUUCCAUUUCCGAGGUCAAAGUUGGUUGGCCCUUGUGGAUGCAGCAAUGUUUCCCGCACCAGUUGUGUCCUCUCACAGAGUGAAAGUACUUGCAGCAGGGGAAGACAUCUAAUGUCCAUCGUUGUCGAGGGGUCGCUGGUUUUUUAAAGGUCCUUCUGGUGCGGAUUGCUUUAGCGUUUGUGAUCAGCUCACGGGUAAUAGAUGAACAGGCAAUAUUUUACAGUGUAUUCACGCCUCCGGCUGCAGAUAUGGAGCCGAGUAAAGACAGCCUUUGCACAGUUCACUUUCAAGAUGCACAACACUGUAAAGCAAAGCAAUUGGUGGUUGUCGUGCUUGUUUUUGGAGGCAAUGUUAUGCAACAUCUGCAAUUUUAAGCAAUUUCAGUGACACAAAUUGCCACUGGGAGGUGAAAAUUUCAUAAGCUUAUGAUGGGAGCCAUAUCAUCCAUCAUUUAUGCAAAGCUAUUUUUUUGUUACUUUCCUUGGCAUUGGAAGAACGCCAUGCUACAGGCCAUUGGACGUAGUGUGUUUUAGUUUUAUAUAUCGGCGUUGCACAUUGAUGAAACAAUCGUGGACUGUGGGAAGGUUUGCAAAGGGGCUUGCUGUGUGUCUUGCAUCACGAGCCCUGCCAGGGAUGUACACUGACGAUGACCGGGAACUCACGCGUCUAGAACAGGCCGUGAUGUUGGGCCAACCUUGUCUCAUUUUUCAUCUGCCAGUAGACCCACACGUCGGUUUGGUGUUUCCAGAAACACAUCUAUUUGCCUACGUGUACAGUUUCAUUUAAUGGUGUCCCAUGUUUUCAUGUUUCAGCACUGAUGCAGAUAAGUUUAUAGAGCGUAUACGAGCUAUUAUUAGAAUACCAUGCAGUCGACCUUUGAAUACUUUCUUGCAAAAAUUAUUUUGCUGCUACUUUUUUCAUUGGUGAUAUGGCCUUAUCUGAUGCCAGUGCUUUGCAGCAGCAGCCGUCUUGAUUAAUUCGUCCGAAUUCUAACAUUGGUUUCAGACAUUGUUUCAUAUGCUUGUUAUUCAUAUUGUUCAUAUGUUUGGUACUUCUAAUGCAGACAAUGUUUUGAGAUAGUGCGUUAAUGACGGGCAUGCAUUUAACGUUUAGUUCUGUCUCGUAUGUGCGUGUGUAGUUGUAGAUGUAAGGAAAGCUUGCUGUUUAUUUAUGGGUAUUUAUAAUCGUGCUUUAGGCUGGGCAGAGUAGUUUUGUAACCAGUGUGCGAUCAUAGUUAUUUAUUACGGGCCUGCGGUAGACUGCCCGAUUCGCCAUUUUAAAUAAUUUGUACGUGGAAUUUUACAAAAGAGGUGAUUUUAUAAAAAAAAUAUGGUCAGUGUGUGUGCAUGUGAGUGUAUGUCAUUGUUCAAGUGAUGACUUCUCCUUUGUGUGCAAGUGUGGAGACUCCACAGUCGAUCGACUCACAUUUAAGAUGUUGCUUGUAACAUUGCUACAAUACAGAGCUCUUCCAAUACGUGUGGGUGGGAGGGCCCUCUACGCAGUGUAGAGAAUGGCACCGUGGGACAAUCCCCAUGAACUACAUCUGCGAAAGCUGUAUCACGACCUAUUGGUCCUUCAACGCUGUCCUAUGAACACAUCUAGAUUUUCGUGCAGUCAUGAUUUUUUUACACGUAAAGGUAAUAUUUUAAUGUCUUUUUUUGUAAUAGCCGUGUUCAUAAAAUGUGUACAGAUGAAAUACAGCAUUUGCAGCUUUCACAUGAAAUAUUUGAACUUGUCUGAUGCAAAGGAUGAGCAAAGACCCGAUCCCAAAAUGUGCAGUCGCUUCUUGUGUGCCAGUUAUCUUACAGGGUUUGUAGUCGACGAAUAUGUACAGUGGGUGAUGGGUUCACCGAUGGAUUGUGACCUUUUAAAACGAGUUUUCAAAACAUUCUGCCUGUCCGGGAAAGCACAGGGUUUGUUUUAUUUUCAUUUAGUUUCAACUGUAAAAAAAAUGCUUUGUUUAAAUUACUAACUAUUUGUUGUAUUUAGCAAAAAAAAGUAUAUGUUAUGGCUGUUGUUCAAGUCACUGCUGUAAUAAUAUUUGAAGUGUAAAAAAUGCCCAAGUAAGGCGAGUUGCUGUAAAGACCAUUUUCUACCGAACAGAAUCGUCUAAGUGUGGUCUCGAUAAGUACACGUGUCAAUCUGCUCUGCUCUUCUGAAAAUGGUACAGUGUCCUCUUUAGAAAGCUUUUUAAUACUUAAACCAGCAUCAUUCUCGUCACGAACUACAGCUGUGUUUUGUUGGCGUCGAUUUCUAAAAUGGGCAGGCUGUUCACUGCAUAGGGAAACGGUGGUUUUAGCUUCAAGGAAAUGAUCGGUUUUACAGCAACUGUUGUAUACGUGUGUGCAAGUAGAAGAGCUAAUAUACAUGUAUAUGCUUCAUAUAUGUGAUUUUUUAUUACUGUCUGUUCAUUUCCCAUUAAUUCAUUAAAUGCUUUCUUGUCCAACUAUUCUGUUCGAUUUAUGAUUUAAGAGAACGGUGAUAAUCUUGGUUGGCUUCACUUGGCGUGUAAAACAUUAAAUCUACAAUUAAAUGUUUGACACAUUGAA